UCGAUAUACAUCCCCAAUAACAAACCUCUUCCGCGUUCAAAUUGUCCGGCAUGUCUACACGUUUCACAUGCACUUACGGUUUACAAUUAAACGGUCGCUGAACGACACAAAACAGCGCUAAUAAAGACGCAUAGAGAAUCUGCCUUUUGAACUGCAGAGGAACUUCCAGCUGAUGCGAGAUCUGGACCAGAGGACAGAGGAUCUUAAAGGGCAGAUUGAUUCUCUGGCUCGUGAAUACACAGCCAACACUCGGACGUUGUCCUCUGAACAGAAGCUCUCGCUGUUAAGACAGAUCCAGCAGUCUUAUGGGAAGUGUAAAGAGUUUGGAGAUGACAAGGUCCAGCUUGCAAUGCAAACUUAUGAGAUGGUGGACAAGCAUAUCCGAAGGUUGGAUACAGACCUGGCUCGCUUUGAGGCCGACCUCAAGGAGAAACAGAUAGAAAGCACAGAUUAUGACUCUACCUCCAGCAAGGGCAACAAGAGUGACCAUCGAGGACCCAAGAAGAAGGAGGUGACUCGCACUAGGUCGAAGGUGAAGAACUCUGACGAUGACUGCAGCUCAAAGAGCGGACAGAAGAAGGUCAAACUCACACAAAGCUCUGAGUUUCCAGCACCGACGGUGAACUUUGGGAACGUACACCCCUCGGAUGUGUUGGAUAUGCCAGUGGACCCCAAUGAGCCCACCUAUUGCCUCUGCCAUCAGGUUUCAUACGGAGAGAUGAUUGGCUGUGACAAUACAGACUGUUCUAUUGAGUGGUUCCACUUUGCCUGUGUGGGUCUGACCACCAAGCCCAGGGGGAAAUGGUACUGCCCAAGAUGUUCACAGGAGCGGAAGAAAAAAUGAACAUGCAGAACAAGAGAAUUCACAGAGAGGGAGGUAAAGGCAGGCGCAAGGGCCCUCCAUAGACACUAAUAUAGAUCCACUCUCUACUUAAUCUGGUGCUUGUCGUCCUCUUUUCCAUCUUCACAUCCCUCUCUCAGCCAGACAGUAAGAAGGGAUGAUGGGUGAAGAUGAAGGAGGUGUAGUUUUUAAUUUAUGUGCUCAGUAAUGAAGAUGACUUUUGUUAUGGAGUAUUUUUUUGGUUCUGCAUUUUUUUUUAUAUAUAAAUUCUUAUAUUUUCAAUUUGGUUAUUUGGAUUUUCUUUUUUACAACUCAUUUUAAACACACGCACUCGGCAGUCAGGGAGCAUAUCAGGAGAUCUCACCGUUCUUUCUUACACUUGUGAAUCCAGGUGGUCUCAGACUGGAUAAUUGAUGUCAGUAUCCUUCUCAGACGGGAUCAUUUCCUGCUAAAUCUCAUUUUUGCCUUUUAACAGACAAAAAGUUGAACAGGUCCCAGAUCAAACUUGAAACUGAUCCCGUAUCUAACUUUUCUAAUUUCAAUGUUCACAAAAGGGCAAAUUAUCAACUUACCUCACCAAACCUGAGAUGUUUAUUUGACAAACCAGCAAUUUUGAAAAAAUAGCUGCUCAAUAGGAUUAUUUAACUAGAUUUUUACACCUGCUCAACCUUUCCACUCACUCUCUUUGUCUUACAUUCACAAAUCCUGCACUUGGAAGACCACCACUUCACUUCAGGUCCAUUCCAUAGCUGUAGAUUUCAAUGCAUUGACAUUAUUUGGUGCUUAUGGUCACACACUACUUGGAUCGUAUUAAAUCGUUGUAUAAUCCAGACUGUUAAAAGCAUUAUCUCAGCAUGUAACAUUAUUCAGUUGAAUUGCUCUGACACCUGGUCAUUAAAUGCAUUUGGUGUUUUCUUUUGUAUGAAUUAACUCUAGUAUUGCUGUGAGCUCAGCAACAGGGUUCUUUGCGACUGGAUUUGGGUGCUUAUGAAUAUAUUAAAGUAAUGUGUAUGGUUUGGUUAAAUGUGUGAAAUAACACAGCAUCGCUUACAAUUGUUCUCCGUCAUUGUGCUAAAGCAGUUUGAUACAUUUUGCGAGAUGUUGGAAUCAAAUGUGUUGAUAUCAACUUGUAUUUAAGGUCCAGUUGUUUUAAUAAAAUAAUUACAGGUAUGUCAGACAGUGCAAACGGUUUUAAAACCUGGUGCUACACAGUGAUUGUUGCCAGUUCUAAAUGAUUCUGAUGUCUGGUGUACGAUGAAGGGAUUGUGGCAUGUGUUUUUUGCCUUUGUCAUGUUGCUUUGUGAUUUGAUUGUUCCAGAUAUUAAGUACUUUACUAAUGUCAGAUAUUGGGUCUGGUGUCUUCCAUGCUCAUUGAACAAUGCCUGAUUCUGAAAGCA